AUGAGUGACACAAAAAAGGACAAGCUCCUUCAGGAAAGUCCUGUGAAAGCAGAGCUGCAUCUGCUGUCCUCCAGACGGCUCACAGGAGAUGCCUCUCAGGACUCCCAUCAAAGACAAGACUGCAAGCAGGGGUCAGAAAAUGGGAUGGACCUGUCUUUUGGAAAAGGAACAAAAGGAUCAGUAAGUCCCUGUGGGAUAGAGGUCUGGGAGUGCAAGGAUGGUGGCAGUGCACACAUCAGCAAGGUUAUUCUCACUGGGGACAAUCCAGAGCCACCUGUGAGUGAGAAAGGCUCCAUUUGGGUUCAGCGGGUGGGAGAGAAAACCUACGAGUGUCCUGAAUGUGGGAAGAGCUUCAGCCGAAGCUCGUACCUGAGCCAGCAUCAGAGGAUCCACCUGGCAGAGAAACCCUUCAGCUGCUCCGAGUGUGGGAAGAGUUUCACACGAAACUCGGACCUCAUCAAACACCAGCGCAUCCACACAGGCGAGAAGCCCUACCAGUGCAACGAGUGUGAAAAGACCUUCAGCCAGAGGUCCAAUGUGAUCAGGCACCAGCGGACGCACACAGGGGAGAGGCACUACCAAUGCAAUGAAUGUGGGAAAAGCUUCAGCCAGAACUCGCAUCUCAUUGUUCAUCAACGAAGCCACAAGGGUGAGAAACCGUUCAGUUGCCCACGGUGUGAGAAAAGCUUCAGUGACCGCUCUUCUCUCAUAAUCCACCGGAGAGUCCACACUGGAGAGAAGCCCCACAAGUGCCAGGAGUGUGGGAAGCGUUUCCGGGACAGCUCAGCUAUCAUUCGGCACCAGAGGAUCCACACGGGAGAGAAACCGUAUGAGUGUACCGAGUGUGGGAAAAGCUUCCGCCAGAGCUCCUCGCUGGUGACCCACAUGAGGACACACACGGGCGAGAGGCCCUACAAAUGCCCUGUGUGCGGAAAGGGCUUUAGCCAGAGCUCGGCACUUACCACUCACCGUCGGAUCCACGUGGGAAAGGCCUUGCCCAUGUUCCACGACAGCCUGCUGCCCACCCCUUACCAGUGCGCCGAGUGCGGCCGGCGGUGCAGCGACCACGCCACGCUCAUCAAACACCAGAGCACGCACGCAGAGGAGAGGCCCUACAUCUGCGUGGAGUGUGGGGACAGCUUCCGACGGAGCUCGGCCCUCAACGUGCACCUCAGGAUCCACCGAGGGGAGAGACCCUACAAGUGUGAGGAGUGUGGAAAAACCUUCAGGCACAGCUCAGCUCUCGGUGCACACCUGAGGAUCCAUGCGGGAGCCAAGCCCUACGAGUGCAGUGAGUGUGGGAAAAGCUUCCGGAAAAGCUCAACACUUAAAGUGCAUUUGAAAAUCCACGUGGCCAAGAAACCUCAUAAAUGUGCAGCGGGCAGGAGAGCGCUCAGUUCACGCUCACUUCUACCAUAAUCC